AUGGGAUCCCAGAACUUCAGGUACACCACCGACAAGGGCUGCCUCACGCUCGAACAAAGAAAAUUCUAUGAAGAGAACGGAUAUCUAGUCAUCAAGAAAUUCUCAAGGAUGAAGACAUUGAGAAGUGGAAGACCAGGAUGCGAAGGAGCUGACGGCGAGGCCAACAUCACCAAGCUUCAAGAUUUCCAGUUCGAUGACGUCCUGCAGACCUACUGCACCAAUCCCGACCUCAUCCCCUACCUCAAGAGCUUCUGCGGAGAAAAUAUUAAAUCCGUCCACACCAUGUUCAUCAAUAAACCUCCAGGAAUGGGAGUAAGCUCCAGGCAUCCCUUCCACCAGGAUCUCGCCUAUUUCCCCUUCGGACCAGCCGACCGCAUCGUGGCAGCGUGGGCAGCUCUCGAGGACAGCAACCUAGAAAACGGCAGUUUGAACAUCCUCCCAAAGACCCACAAGGGACGCUUCUUCGACCACUCCUACCCUGACGACGGCGAGGUUAACAAGGCUUACUUUGGCAUAAAGGAGCACGAAAAGUUCGACGACAACCGCAUCAACCUGGACAUGAAGAAGGGAGACAUCGUCUUUUUCCACCCCCUGCUCAUCCACGGCUCGGGCGAGAACAAGACCAAGGGCUUCCGCAAGUCCAUGUGCUGCCACUUCGCCGCCUCAGAGUGCGAGUACAUCCCCAUUGAGGGCACCGUGCAGGAGCUGGUGGCGAAGGAAGUCAUGAGCUACGCCACUAAAAAAUUCCCUCAUGUCCUCGAUUACCACAGCAUAUGGCGAGCCAAGGCUGCCCUGGUGAGCGGGAAGGAGUUCGAAGGCAAGCUAUGA